AGAUAUGGAAGAGUUGAUAGUAGAGCUGCGAUUGUUUCUACAACUACUGGACCAUGAAUAUCUCACCACCACUGUGAAGGAGAAGAAGACUGUGAUAAGUAACAUUCUGCAAAGGAUACAGUUAUCCAAAGAAUUGGAGCUGAAGAAUCAUGUUCACAAGGCUGAGACAUUCAGCAGCGUGCCGGCCCCGCCGCAAAUGCCUCUUCCUGAAAUCCCCCAGCAAUGGCUGCCUCCAGACAAUGGGCCUCCGCCGUUACCAACAUCAUCACUUCCAGAGGGGUAUUAUGAAGAAGCUGUACCACUCAGUCCCGGAAAAGCUCCGGAGUACAUCACAGCCAAUUACGAUUCGGACGCUAUGAGCAGUUCGUAUGAAUCUUACGAUGAGGAGGAGGAGGAUGGAAAAGGGCAGAAAAAGAGACUUCAAUGGCCGUCAGAGGAAGCGUCGAUGGAUUUGGUGAAAGAUGCGAAGAUCUGUGCAUUCCUCCUGCGGAAGAAGAGAUUUGGGCAGUGGACCAAGCUGCUGUGUGUCAUCAAAGACAACAAAUUAAUGUGCUACAAGUCGUCCAAGGACCAGCAACCUCAGAUGGAGCUGUUGUUAAACGGCUGCUCAGUGUCCUAUGUGCCAAAGGACAGUAAAAAGAAGAAACACGAGCUAAAGAUCACCCAUCAAGGGACAGAUGCCCUGGUUCUUGCCGUCCAAAGUGAAGAGCAGGCUGAACAAUGGCUGAGG